AUGGGGGUCUCCGAGGAAGAGUGCUCCUCUGCUCCAGAGCUCUCACUACCUCUCCAAGUGCCUCCUCCGUGGCACCGUCGUUCUCCAAGUCCUCUACGGUUUUUUCCUGUGACACAAGUUCAACUUUCUAAUCCUGGAAACUCAAGGAAUCAGCUUGCAAGAAUGCUAGCCAUUGAUUCAAGUGUUUCACAUUGUUCAGCAAUUCAGUUACUGUACAAGUAUUUGAUUAAUGAUCAGGAUAAGGAAGGCAUCCCUCCUGAUCAGCAGAGAUUGAUUUUUGCAGGUAAGCAAUUGGAAGAUGGCAGAACUCUUGCAGAUUAUAACAUCCAAAAGGAGUCAACUCUUCACCUGGUUUUGAGGCUGAGGGAAGGAACUAUGAUUAAGGUGAAGGCUCUUACCGAGAAAGAAAUUGAGAUUGAUAUUGAACCGACUGACACCAUUGACCGAAUCAAGGAGAGGGUUGAGGAGAAAGAGGGAAUUCCUCCGCUGCAACAAAGGCUGAUUUAUGCUGGCAAGCAGCUUGGAGAUGACAAAACUGCUAAAGACUACAACAUUGAGGGUGGCUCUGUCUUUCAUCUAGUGCUUGCACUACGUGGUGGUAGUCUAUAA